AUGACUGGCGAGGUGCCGGAUAGGGAAUCUGCGAUUGAUCGUCUGGAUGGUAGUUCUUCGAGUUUCGGUGCCUCUGGUCGUAGAGCGAGGAGGAUGAGGGAGAGAUUGGUGGGGGCGCUUCGUCCCGUGGAAUUGGAGGUAGAGGACGUAUCUUAUCAACAUGCAGGCCACGCUGCUGUCAGAGGGAAUGACCAUGGGGAGACUCAUUUCAACGUGAGGAUUGUCUCAGAGGAAUUCGAAGGAAAGAGUCUGGUGAAGAGGCACAGGCUCAUUUAUGAUCUAUUGCGGGAGGAGUUGCAGAGCGGAUUGCAUUCCCUCUCCAUUGUUGCAAAGAUUCCUUCUGAGUCCGCCUACAAGUAG